UACUUCACCCACCAUGAUUGCUCUGAUUUCUGCUGUAAUUUUUUGUUUCUUGACUGCAGCUUCAGCCCAGAAUUGCAUUCGAUCUCGCGAUGGUCAGUUCACUGAUAAUGCCGGUGCCUACGUUUUUACGUGGUCAGUCCAGUCAAAUUCUCAGUAUGUUGACUGCAAUGUCUCUGUGAAUACAGCAGCUAACCUAUGGGUUGCAGUUGGAUUCUCUGAGGAUCGAGACAUGCCUGAUACUGAUGUCAUUAUUGGUGCUAAUGAUGGAACUAACCAGUUUGUACAAGACAGGUGGAAUGGUGCAAGCCGAACAGCUGGACCAUCACUUGAUCCUAUGCAGAAUAUUAUGAAUAUUUCAACAAUGAGGGAUGGUAAUAGGCUUACCAUAAGUUUCACCAGACCAAUUGUCAGUCCUGAUACUAGUGGUAGAGAUGAAAAUCUUGAUGUAUGCCGUUAUGUUCUUUGGGCUUUUGGAGGUACAACCACCUUUGUGAAUGGCGAUGUAACUGCUCUUGGGGGCCAUUCUGAUAAAGGUACCUUUCAGAAUCAGCUUUGCUUGUGCACAAGUGGAGCAAGUGUCGGAGCUGUUGUUUCUUUGGCCAUGAUAAUUGCAGCAGUACUCUUGGCUGCUGGGGGUAGUAUCUUUUAAUUUUUUCUGAUAUUUCAAGCCUGAAGCUGCUUCAUCAUGACUAUGCUGCAUGCAUACAGAAACAAUUAGUUUUCAGUUUAAGUUUUGUUUUAACAAUAAUACAUCUGUCUGUAGCCGGCAUUUUCAAAUAAAAAAUUAAUAAAUUUGA